AUGCCUCCUAUCCUUUGCCACGUGGCAUCCACGUGUCGUGCGUGUCUUCCUCACUCCCUUCCCUUCAUUCUUCAACGCUUCCCUUUUUCUUCUCCCCGUCUCCCCUUCCCCCUUCUCCCCUUCUCUCCUUCUAUUUUCCCCUCCCCCCCGUCUCCCCUACUCCCCUUGUCUUCUCCCCUUCUUCCCUUCUUCCCCUCCUUCUUCCCUUUUCCCCAUCUCUCGCCUCUCCACAUCAGAACGACAGCCUACAGCCAGUCGGAGUUCUCUAUGUGGAGCGCGCAGACAUUGCCAGCACAGGCAGUGGCAGCGUAG